AUGGGUAGGGACACUGUUGCUGACAUAAUAACCUCUAUACGAAAUGCUGACAUGGAUAGAAAAAGAGUAGUUCGAAUAGCAUCUACUAAUAUCACCGAAAACAUUGUUAAAAUCUUUUUACGAGAAGGUUUUAUCGAGAACGUGAGGAAACAACAAGAAAGCAAAAAUUUUUUUUUGGUUUCAACCCUGCGACAUAGAAGGAAUAGGAAAAGGCCUUAUAGUAGAAAUAUUUUAAAUUUAAAACGGAUCAGUCGACCGGGUCUACGAAUCUAUUCUAACUAUCAACGAAUUCCUCGAAUUUUAGGCGGAAUGGGAGUUGUAAUUCUUUCUACUUCUCGAGGUAUAAUGACAGACCGAGAGGCUCGACUAGAAGGAAUCGGCGGAGAAAUUUUGUGUUAUAUAUGGUAA